CGGCAUCAGCGACCGGGUGCCUCCAUGGCCUCACACCGCAAAAGCAUGGUCAGCUUCAGCGAGGCGUUCGCUUCGACGGCGACCACAGGGAUGCCUGCAGGCGCCUACUACCGGCACGGCCCCGGCGGCAACUUCAUCCAGGACAGCUUCCACAGUUCCACCGACUUUCCCACUUAUAUCGCGUGGCAGACGCUGUCCACCGACCUGUCUGAGCGCAUGCGCCAGGGUUCAGUGCGUCUCAGCCGGACCAACACUCUUGAGUACGCGCCCAUCACCGAGGAGAACGGCGAGAAGGCGCCGCUGUUAAAUAUCCCGGACGAAACGAGCUUCUCCGAGUCCACCAUCUCCACUCCAGCCAUUCAGCAAGGUGUUGCAUGGACAGUGGCCGCCUUCCUGCUGGUCAACUCUGCUUUGGGCGCCGGGGUGCUCAACUAUCCGGCUGCCUACGACCGCGCUGGCGGCAUUCUGGCGGCGACACUGCUCCAAAUACUCAUGAUCUGCCUGAAUGUGGUGACCAUGCUGAUCCUUGGCUACUGUUCUGACCUGAACGGGGACAACACGUUCCAUGACGUGCUGCUGACCACGUGUGGCCGGCGAGCCCAACAGAUUGCGGCCAUCUCGAUCUUGCUUUCGUGCUAUGGCAUCAGCAUCACCUUCCUCAUUGUCAUCGGCGACCAGUACGACAGGCUGUUCGCAUCGCUGUUUGGGCCCGUCUUCUGCCACGAGUGGUACUUGAACCGCCAGUUCACCACAUUCGCCACGGCCGUGCUGUUCAUCAUGCCGCUGUGCUACUUCCAGCGUUUGGACUUCCUCAAAUAUGCCAGCUCGCUCGGCAUCUUCGUUAUGCUGUACCCUGUUUUCCUGACAAUAUUUAUUUUUUCCACGGAAGAACUGGAGAAGGUCACCAUGAAGACAAAACCGGACAACUUUAUCGACCUUGUUAUAACCUUGCCAGUGAUCUGCUUUGCGUACCAGGCGCACGAGGUGGUCGUCCCCAUCUAUGCGAACAUGCGUGACCGGCGACUGGCGAAUCUCGCUAAGGCAACGAUCCUGACCACCGUCUUCCUGUUCGUCAUCUACACUCUCAUGGGCACAUUCGGCUACAUGGCCUACGGCUCGAAGGUCAAGCCGGACAUCAUGCAGAUGUUCGAUGCAUCCAAUCCGUGGGUCCUGUUCGGCAUCGGCGCUCUCAUAGUCAAGAUGGUCACCACGUACCCACUGCUCACCUUUUGUGGUCGGGGAGCAUUCGACGGCCUGUACGCAGAGCUCACGAAGCUUCCGACGAAGGAAUUCAUCGAAGGGGAGCCGCGGAGGCGCAUCUUCAUCACCACCGGCUGGUUCUUGACUACCGUCGCGCUCGCCACUUUUACGUCCAACGUUGGCGUUGUGAUCGAACUGCUGGGCUGCUUGGCCGCUGCCAACAUCUUUAUCUUUCCAGGUCUCUGUCUUAUUGGCGUGUUCCACCAGCAAGACAAAUUCCUCCUGAGGCGACCCAUGGCGGUGUUCGCCAUCGGUGCUGUCAUGGUUGUCAUCGGCAGCUUCGUCUUUGGUGUGGUGCUGCUCAAUACCAUUAUGCACGACAUCACCAAAGGCGGUUCGCAUCACUUGCUUUGUACGUGACUGCGUCGGCUACCUCUCGGUGCCUGUGUACAUUUUGUACAGAAGUGUGAUGAGUGCGCCACAUUUUACUGAGGCCUCUUAAUGUUUCUUUUUGUUCUUUUAAUAUUUUUACACCUUAAAGAUCUGUAACUUAAGCGUCGCACGAACAUCGAUUUUACUGCUUGAUCUUGACCGGCAUUGUUUUCAGAUCGAGGCCAUGUUCUCGUGAGAAAUAAAUGCAAUCGCAGUUUGUUUACAAACGUUCAGAUUGCUUGGCGUCUUG